UCUGUUAAAGAUCAGUCACAAGGGGCUGAAACCCUUUAUAUUUUCUGCCGAGCGCAAGAAGGAUUCGGAUGCAUGGUUAGAGAAAAUGCAGUUAGUUUCUGUCACGUUCAACCAACCUGAUGUUGUCCAAGAAAGUGAAAACACAGAACUUGUAAUAAUGGCAAAAGAUAUGGAAGGUUACCAUAGUGAAAGUGACGAUGAGGACAGCUCUUCAGUAUCUUUGUCAACUAGUGGAAGUCAUCAGGAUGUGGAUGUACCAUUGGAUGUUAGUGGUCAAAGGUCAUCUUCGGCUAGUGCAGGUGAUGAGUUAUUACUUGCGGCAAUUGAUUCCGCAGAUUCUCCAUGCUUAAAAAAAGCAUCAUCCAUGAGUUUACUUGCCAUAGAGGACGGUUUACAUACCCAAAAUGGCAGGUUGCCAAACAGUGAAUCAGGAACACUUAUUAAAUCAAAUUCUUUUUCAAGUCUUACUGCUCAUGCAACAAAACCAAAGGUCAAAUCUGGGCAUCCGGCAGCAAGCCCUGGAGUAAUGAGGCGUCUGAAAAAGGCUUUGAAAUCAAAAUCUAAUACGGAUAUAAAACGGAGCUACACAACAGCGUCCGAAUACACAAAACACAAGAAAAAUUCUGCUCCUGCAAUCAAUACAGAGGUUGAUCACUCAAAUGAAAAGCAGGAACAUAAACCAGAGACAAAGGGUGAUGUGCUCGACUUUUUGAAUGUAGUGCGAGAUAGUGGCACUGUUGUGCGGGGGUUUGGUCGCAGCAGUACAAGAUCGAGUAUAAAAGGUAGAGACUUGUUCCGAAAGCCAACGAUUCUGCACAGGGAUCCAACAAAGAAUAAGCUUAUGUUACAGAAGAGAGCUUUAGAAAGAACAAAGAAGGCAAAACAAACGGAGUUGGACAUAGUGAUGAAGCUGUUGUCUGAGCCAUUGACGGCAGCUGCACUUAGGGAGUGGAAAGAAAUAAACGGUAGUAUUCUUGCUAAAGAUGAAAGCCAUUCAAGCAGCGAGGAAGAACAGGAUGAGGAGGAAAACGUAAAGCAGGUUGGACAGGCAAACGGAGAACAAGAAGAUGGGAAGCACAAUGGGCAGGAAAAUGGAGAGCACAAUUUGGAAAACCAAAUGAAUUGUAACCCUCUGUUAGUUGUCUGUGAACAAUCUAAUAAUAUUCAUGAACAAGAUGGCUCUGUAAAUUCACCUGAAAUAUCAUUAGGGGAUACAACUGGAAAAGACCUAGAGAUUUCUUUAAAUACAACAAAAUCGACUUUAGAAACUGACCUUGAUUCUGUGGAUGUUUUAAGGAAUAAUAAUGGUGCUGAGAACUUUGAGGAUCCUGAUGAUCAAACAGACAAUGUGGUAAAACACACAACUAAAGACUGUCAAGAACGCACAGACAAUAUUCAAGGAAAUGACCUAAUUUUUGUUGAGGGAUAUGAAACACAUUUGUAA